AUGGCCUCGGAAACAAUGACGGAUCAACUGCAGGCACAACUGCCUUUGCGCCGCCUCGAGCCUCAUUGGAAUUAUACUUUAAUCGCAGCCUCUGUCGCAGUGUCGCUACUCGGCGCCUUCACCUCCACCCAGAUGAUGUGUCAGGCACGCACCGCUCGCUACUUUUCCGGCGUCUUGGUAUGGACCAUUUUGGGCAGUCUGACUUUUGGAUUCUGUUCCAUUUGGAGUCUGCAUUUCAUAGCCACGCUGGCCUGCGAGCUUGAUGUACGCGUCGGCCUGGAUGUCCCCUUGACCAUCUUGAGUGCUGUUCUAGCCGUCUCUUUCACUUUCGCCGCUUUGUCUUCAGAUCUACUGCGAAAUCGGUAUAUGCGGCUCGUCCGGAAGUCCAAGCACAAUGCCAGGCGCGAGAGCAGGAGGGAAGCAGUAGGGGCUCAGACUCUACCAUUCCACGAUGAUGAUCCAAGUACAGAUGCUCUCUUGGAUUCACACGCCUCAGAAAUUGCGGAGGAGGAUGGUCCUCCGGGAAAACCCAACGAGCUCCGACAUGGUGACACGCGCGGAGACGGACUAUUGGUCCGACAAGGACGUGGUCGAGGAAUAAGUCUGGGGCCUCUUGAAGAGCACUUCGGCGCAGUCGACGGUGCCAUCGUCAGGCUUGAAUCUGGCACUCCCCAGUCCUUUUCGCUAAGCCGCUCUCCGAACCCUGGAGGAAGAAAGCCACUGGGUACACAUUCAGAUGUGCUUAUGCAUGAAGACUCCUUUCGAGACAGCGAUAGCCUUCCCAGGAGUUUCACAGACGAGAUUCCAUCCAGGCGAUCGUCUGCAACGCUGGGCUCGGAUGGGAGUGGCAGCGUGAGCCUUCCGGCAUUUCUGAACUUCAGGGUUCCCAAGACUAGCACUUAUUCUACCACCGAAGCAAUGACUGGCAUUGUCGGAUUGAUCUACCGCGGCGCUACUUUCAGAAAUUUCAGUACAGGCUUCGUGUGGUCUUUGGCUAUCACCACGAUGCAUUAUGUCGGCGUUUUCGCUCUAAAAAUACCACAAGGUUACAUUACUCUGCGGCCGUUCAUCGUUCUCCUCUCGGCAUCAAUCAGUUGGCUUGUCUGCACGCUGGGCUCCAUUCUGAUCCCCCAGAUUGAGGUCAAUCUCACUCAACAGCUAGCAUUCUCCGUUGUCGCGUCCGCGGGCGUGGCGGCAAAGCAUUUUACUGGGAUCUACGCCACCACCUUCUGGUCUCGAGCCAGCCCUAGCGAAGAUCACGGCUAUCCCCCAAAUUUGGCCGUUGCUGUUUCUUGCAUCGCGAUUGUGACCUGCAUAUUUGCCAAUGGCUUACUGGCUCACUCGGCCACAGUGGCUCGGAACAAGUUAGCGGAGAUUGUCCAAACGAAGAGGAAGCUCUGGGCGGCUAUUGCGCAGAAACAGAACGCAGAGGCCGCUGCCCAUGCGCGGAGCGAGUUUAUUGCAUCCGCGUCCCACGAGAUCCGCACCCCCCUUCACCAACUGCAAGGUUACAGCGACUUGUUAUCCCGGGUGCGGUUGAGUGAUGAGGCGCGACUAUUGCUCCUUGCCAUACAACAAGCGACCAGGUCCCUUUCCAUGAUCACGGCCAAUGUUUUAGACUGGUCACGGCUGGAAAAGGGCGAGGCUAUAUGUCGACCAACGAAUAUUGACUUUCGACAAGUAUGUGAGUCAAUUCUCACCAUUCUGCCCAACACGGAUGAGGAGGCGGGCACAGAGUUGAUGAUUGCGGUCGCCCCCGAGGUUUCAAAGUCUCUGUUCUUGGACGAAACCUACCUGCAGCGCGUCCUCAUGAAUCUCCUCACCAAUGCUCUCAAAUUCACACAGUCUGGAUAUGUGCUAUUGCUGGUGGAAAUGAAGGAUCAGGCUUUGAAAAUUACUGUCAAAGACUCGGGCUUUGGAAUUCCCGAAUCCUUUCUGCCGCAUCUAUUCGAACCAUUCAAGCAAGCCCAGACGAGGGGUGCCGAAAGGGGGACAGGUCUCGGGCUGGCGAUCAUCAGACAGCUGCUUGAUAAGAUGGAAGGCACGAUCGAGGUAGAAAGCCAGUGCCGCCAAACAGAUGAGGUGGGAUUAGAAAAGUGUGGAAGUACCUUUACCGUCAACAUACCCAUUUCUGCGCCCUCGGGCCCUCCGCAAUCCUUGAGUUCGCUUGGGCCCAAACGCCAAAUAGCCUUUUAUGGAGCCCCAGAUGGGCGCUUUUUCGAAGGACUUCAUCUGGCCUGGCAAGCUUUCGGAUUCGAACUAAUCCGUGCAGAUCCUGACAGUGACAUGUCUGAUUCUUGGGGGUUUAUCUGGACAGACAUAAUGUUUUUGCAAGCACAUCCCUUGGUUACCCAGCGCUUACUCCAACUGCGAAACCCGCCGGUCCUGGUGUCCUACGACUCUCAGUUGGUUCUGGAUCGGACAAUCGGAUCCAUCCCUCCGGCACACAUGAUCCCCAUCCGGAGACCAUUCGUAUGGCACCGCAUGGUAGACACCAUUAGCUCGGCGAUUCAGCUGGGCAGGGCAUCCGUUGAUCGAUCGGUCAGGUUUGCUCCCGUGGUGGACGUUGUUGACAUUAGAAAUGGACGUACAUCAGGGGAGGACGAUAUCUUGAGAGGUGAGACCAUACUGUUGGUGGAAGAUAACAAGAUCAACCAAAAGCUUGGAGUUAAGAUGUUAAAGACACUCGGCUACAAUGUCAUUGUAGCCGACGACGGACAAGAGGCAAUAGAGAAAAUCAUCGAGAUGGAUCAGGACAUCGAUUUGGUCUUGAUGGACCAAUCUAUGCCGCACAAGGAUGGCAUCACGGCGACCAAGGAAAUCCGGGAGAUGGAGUUGCAAGGGCGGUUGUCUCGAAAACGUCCUAUCAUCAUGGUUACUGCCGUUGUCGGCCCUGAUGCACAGGCUUUAUGCAUGUCAGCUGGUGCAGAUGCCUUCCUCCCGAAACCGUUGGCCUUAUCAAAACUCGAGCAUACAUUGAAAGCCUUCUUUGGGCAUGGCUAUGCUUAUGCGCAGUCGACAAGUCGCUAA